GGGGUCUGUGUUGGACGUAGGCAACCAAGCAUGGUUCACAAGUACUGACAGGGCAACAUAGUGCAUUAAGUUUUGCUAUUUGAGCUGUUGAACAACUGUGCACUGUCUAAUGGGCAAAAUACUUCACUAGGAAUAUUUUAUUGUACAAAUUAGGAGCUGUCAUUUUCUGUGUGCUUCAGGCAACAAAAAAUUAACUUGUGUGUCUUAGCCUUACGACACUUUUUGCCGCUAGUGGAAGUUAUAAAAUAUGUAAGCUGGUAAAGAUAAUUAAAAUAUAUAAACAUGCUUAUUUACUGGAAGUGUUAGCAUGACGGGGUCUUUCAGUGUGGCUGCUUGAUUGUUAGAAUCGCCAGCAUAAAGCAGCAACAUAGCUGUGGGUGACUGCUUUGGCUUGUGAAGGCAAGAUACACUAUAUAUUUGGUGGCUGUAAAAAUAUAUAAUGAGAUAAAGGCAAUAAAAACAUUAGUUCACUAUUGUAAUGUACUGUAUUUGGCAGCACACUAUGCUGGCCCAAAAAGAUCUGCAUCUUCAAAAAUCUACAGGCUUUCUUUCGAAUGCAAAAUGCUCUGAAAGAUUUCUUGCCGUGCAUAUGACAAGUUGCUUGGUGAAAAUCUGAAAUCAUGGCUAAUAAUGCGAGCUGCAAUCCACUUGUAACAACAAAUAUGAACUGCAUUGCUCACUUGUGAACUAUCUGUGCAGCACAUGCUGCAGACUCUCCACUAGUGCCUCAAUGAAUAACCUUUGUUGCAGACAUGAUGUAGAAAUAUUUCAUAUGCCAGUAAUGAUUGUCCACCUUUCAGAAAAGCUGCAGUUUUAUCAGAGUGCGGCUAUUUUGACAGCAGCAGUUGCGGAUGUCAGGACAUGAUGACGCAGCAUAUGCAAUGCAGAGAGAAUUCCUUACUGUUCAUGAAAAGUAAUCAGCCAAUCACAUGAAGGAUCUGGUUCACGUUUAAGCCUAAGUAGUGACGACGGGUUUGAUGUUGGAGAAGGCGACAGCCUGUUGGAGAAACGUUCUGCCAGUCGACAUUGCAAGAAGACUACCAUGACUUGCUGCAGUUGCCUGACUUCAGCAUUCCAGAGCUGUUGUAGAAAGCUCAGCAUGGGCUGCUGUGGUGCUCAUGAGUACCAGCCAAGAACAGUAUUUCUGGGAAGACCACCAUCAGAAAAAUUCCCACCUAACAAAAUAUGCAACCAAAAGUACAACAUCUUCACAUUUUUUCCUUUGGUCUUAUUUAAUCAAUUCAAGUUCUUUCUGAACCUUUAUUUCUUGGUUGUGUGCUUGUCUCAAUUCAUACCCGACAUAAGAAUCGGAUAUCUCUACACCUACUGGGGUCCCCUUGGAUUUGUGCUGACUGUCACAUUGAUACGAGAGUUUAUUGAUGACUGCCGGAGAUAUGCACGGGACAGGGAGGUCAACUCACAAAAGUUCCAAAAGUUAACUGCCAAUGGAGUCACUUGCAUCCCCAGCUCAGACAUUCGUGUCUCUGACCUCAUCAUUAUAGAAAAGAACCAAAGAGUGCCUGCAGACAUGGUGUUGUUACGAACAACAGAAAAAAGUGGCUCCUGUUUCAUCCGAACGGACCAACUUGAUGGAGAAACCGAUUGGAAGCUGAGAGUUGCUGUUGACACAACACAGCGCCUGCCGAGCAUGGAGGAAUUGCUGGAGAUUGAGGCGUGUGUUUAUGCUGAAGAACCCAAGAAGGAUAUUCAUUCAUUCAUAGGGAAAUUUACACGGCAUGAUGGUGAUGGUGCUGAAGAUCCCCUGAACAUUGAAAACACACUAUGGGCCAACACAGUUGUUGCAUCUGGGACUGCCAUUGGCAUUGUAAUUUACACUGGUCGGGAAACGAGAAGUGUCAUGAACAACUCUGAAGCAAGAAGCAAGGUUGGCCUUCUUGACUUGGAAAUCAACCAGCUCACAAAGGUUUGCGUGGCUGCUGUUGUGGGUUUGGCCUUGGUCAUGAUCCUUGUGAAGGGAUUUGACGGUCCUUGGUAUCGCUACUUCUUGCGCUUCGUCCUGCUGUUCUCCUAUAUUGUUCCCAUAAGCCUUCGGGUAACCUUGGAUAUGGGGAAGAUGGUGUACUCUUGGAUGAUACAACAGGACAAGGACAUACCUGGGACGGUUGUGCGUUCUACUACAAUCCCUGAGGAAAUGGGCCGCAUAGUCUACCUUUUCACAGACAAGACGGGCACACUGACUCAGAAUGAAAUGGUGCUGAAAAAACUUCACCUUGGCUCAGUAUCCUACAGCUCGGAAUCCUUUGGUGAAGUGAAGAGCAACCUGAAGGCUGCAUACGCUCCUGGGGCACCCUCGCUGACACCUGGCACAACUGGGGCUGCCCAGGGGGUCCGUGUGCGCCGCAACAUGGCCACUCGAGUGCAAGAAGCUGUUCGGGCGGUGGCUCUGUGCCAUAAUGUGACACCUGUCUACGAGGGUGUUGCUGCUGAUGCUGAUGAGCAGGCGCUGGCCGAGCUGUACCAGAAGCCACCCACCUACCAGGCAUCUAGUCCUGAUGAGGUGGCAUUAGUGACCUGGACUGAGAGCGUUGGCCUUGAACUUGUCUUCAGGGACCUCAACUCGCUCAAGCUGCGCACUCCACACGGAAAUAUCCUACAUUACACUAUACUGCAGACCUUUCCCUUCACUUCAGAGCGAAAGCGCAUGGGUAUUGUUGUCAAGGAUGAAGGCACUGGCGAGAUAUUCUUUUUCAUGAAAGGUGCUGAUGCCGUUAUGAGUGGUAUUGUCCAGUAUAAUGAUUGGCUGGAUGAAGAGUGUGGCAACAUGGCACGCGAAGGUUUGCGCACCCUUGUCGUAGCAAAAAAGAAUCUCACCGAGGAGCAGUACAUAGAAUUUGAGAGUCGUUACAACCAAGCCAAAGUAUCUAUUCAAGACAGGAGUGCUCGAACAACAGCUGUCAUCGAAACACUUGAGCGGGACCUUGAGCUUCUCUGCCUCACUGGUGUGGAAGACAAACUCCAGGAUAAAGUCAGGCCAACCCUUGAGCUUCUGCGCAAUGCUGGCAUAAAGGUGUGGAUGCUGACAGGAGACAAGCUGGAAACUGCCACAAGCAUUGCGAAAUCAUCUCGUUUGGUGUCCAGGUCCCAGGAGUUGCAUAUCUUUGAGUCUGUCGCAAAUCGAACUGAAGCCCGAUGUGAACUGAAUAAGUUCAGACGUCGGAAUGAUUAUGCCCUCAUUAUUCGGGGUGAUGCUCUUGAGGUGUGUCUGAAGUUCUAUCCUCGAGAAUUCAUGGAGUUGGCUUGCCAGUGCCCUGCAGUCGUGUGCUGUCGCUGCUCUCCUACACAAAAAGCGGAAGUUGUCCGUCUUAUCAAACAGUAUACCGAGAAAACUACAUGUGCUGUUGGGGACGGUGGCAAUGAUGUGAGCAUGAUUCAGGAGGCUGAUGCAGGCAUAGGCAUUGUGGGUCGAGAGGGCAACCAAGCUUCCUUGGCGGCUGACUUUUCUGUCACUCAGUUUCACCACAUUGCUCAACUGCUGCUUGUCCAUGGUCGCUACAGCUACAAGAGGUCAGCUGCACUGAGCCAGUUUGUUAUCCACCGAGGAUUGAUCAUCUCAACAAUGCAAGCAGUUUUCUCAUCUGUGUUCUACUUUGCUUCAGUUGCACUGUACCAAGGGCUGUUAAUGGUUGGGUAUGCCACAGUGUACACAAUGUUUCCUGUUUUUUCACUGGUUCUGGACCAAGAUGUGCAACCCAAAAUAGCCCUCACUUACCCUGAGCUCUACAAGGAACUUUCAAAGGGACGAUCCCUGUCUUUCAAGACAUUCUUCAUAUGGGUGUUAAUUAGCAUUUACCAAGGUGGCAUUAUUAUGUAUGGAGCACUGCUGCUCUUUGAAGACGAGUUUAUUCAUAUUGUUUCCAUCAGUUUUACAUCUUUGAUUUUGACGGAGCUUCUGAUGGUUGCCUUGACAAUACGCACUUGGCACUGGUUAAUGAUUGCUGCUGAAAUGCUUAGCCUCGGCAUAUAUGUCGCUUCACUUUUUGCUCUCAACGAGUUUUUUGAUACCCAGUUUAUUCAAACGCCUGCAUUCUUGUGGAAAGUUACAGUGAUCACGUUGGUGAGCUGUUUGCCACUCUACAUUCUGAAGUACCUUCAUCGGAAAGUUGCACCGUCGAUCUACUCGAAACUCACGUGACACAAUUGCUGCAGACUCUGUGUGCAUGUGAAGUGCUCUGCAUUCAGAAUAUUUCUGGACAUUGCAAUUUUGUGUGCUCUUCUCUUUCUUGUUUUUGCUGGCUUGUCUGGCCUAAUUUAAUAGCUAUGUCGGCUGCGAUGAUGCUUUUACCCAGUAUAGCUGGGAGGAAUUAUGAUUGCCAAAUUUAACUAUUUGAGGUUGAAUUAAGUUAUUUAUGUCACUCUAAUUGUUGUUGUUUCUCUGCAUUUUUUAAUUGUUGCUGUCAUAUUGGGACAGUGUUGAAGUAAUCUAGUGAAAACAAAUAUUCACUAUUGCUUGCAAAAUGGUUACGGUGCACUUGCAUCUGUUGGAUAAUAAAGAUUGAAGUGCAAGUGUU